CGCACAAAUUCAUUUUCCCCAUUGCAGUUUCUGUGGAAGUAAACGAAACUGAGCAUGGCGGACCAAAAUGCUGUAAGAGAGGAAGAGGAGAUCAUUUUCCGCAGCCCCUUUCCAGCUGUUCUGGUUCCUGAGAACAUUAGUCUACCGGAAUUCGUUUUGAGGACUGAUUGGAAAGAGAAUGAGAAAUUCAGUAACAAUGUGGCUCUGGUAGAGGCCUCGACCGGCAAGGAGUACACUUAUGAUCAAGUUUUUUCUCUUACCAAAAAAGUUGCAGCAGGGCUGGUUCAAACAGUGGGUGUCCUGAAGGGAGAUGUGGUGCUGGUUGUGCUGCCUAACAUGGCGGAGUAUCCCAUCAUUGUGCUCGGAAUAAUGUUGGCUGGGGCAGUGUUUUCGGGUUCGAAUCCCGCCGCUCACGUUACUGAGAUUGAGAAACAGGUCCGGGACUCGGGGGCGAAAAUCCUCGUCACUGUUUCCUCUGUUUUUUAUCAGCUCUGCAACCUGGAAUUCAUGGCUUCCAUUACUGUUAUUAUGGCUGACGAUCACAGCAAAGUAGAGGGCAAGAGCGUGCCUUUGGCGACAUUGUUUGAGACAGAUGACUCUGUAAUUGAGUUGCCUGUUGUUGGUCAGAAUGAUCUGUGUGCUCUGCCCUACUCUUCGGGCACCACGGGAGCCUCCAAGGGCGUCAUGCUAACUCACAGGAACCUAAUUGCCAAUUUGUGUUCUACCCUUUUUGAUGUGGAUGAAUCUUUGCUGGGAAAAUUCACAACUUUGGGUCUCAUGCCGUUUUUCCACAUCUAUGGCAUAACGGGCAUCUGCUGUGCAACGCUCCGUAACAAAGGUAAGGUUGUGGUUAUGUCCAGAUUCGAUCUGCGUCUGUUUAUGGAUGUGUUGAUCAACUGUGGCGUGAAUUUUGCGCCCAUUGUGCCGCCCAUCAUGCUGGCCUUGGUAAAGAAUCCCAUCGUUGAGGAAUAUGAUCUUAGUCGCUUGCAGCUCAAAGCUAUCAUGACGGCUGCUGCUCCUCUCGCCCCCGACCUGCAAAGAGCUUUCCACGAAAAAUUCCCUGGCGUUGAGGUGCAGGAGGCGUAUGGACUGACAGAGCACAGUUGCAUCACGCUCACGCAUUGUUCUCCUGACAACAACAUCCGUGGAAUAGCAAAGAAGAAAUCGGUUGGAUUCAUUCUUCCAAAUCUGGAGGUGAAGUUCGUCGAUCCUGAAACUGGGAAAUCAUUGCCCAGGAAUUGCCAGGGCGAACUUUGUGUUCGAAGCCAAUGCGUCAUGCAAGGCUAUUAUCAGAAGCCACGAGAGACAGAAACGACGGUGGACAGCCAAGGGUGGCUGCACACGGGUGAUGUGGGUUUCAUCGACGACGACGGCGACGUGUUCAUCGUCGACAGAAUAAAAGAGCUCAUCAAAUACAAAGGUUUUCAGGUUGCUCCAGCAGAGCUGGAAGCAAUUCUGCUCUCUCAUCCAUCGGUGGAUGAUGCAGCAGUCGUCCCGCUGGCGGACGAGGAAGCAGGGGAGAUUCCUGCAGCGUGCGUGGUGAAGAAAGCGGGUGGCACAGAGAGUGAGGAUGACAUUUUAAAGUUCGUGGCAUCGCAGGUGGCGAGUUAUAAGAAAGUGAGAGUUCUGCAUUUUGUGCCCUCCAUUCCCAAGUCAUCGUCGGGUAAAAUUCUCAGGAGACUCGUCAGAGACAAUCUCCUCAACCUCACCAAAGCUGCUUCCAACUAGCUGCCAUUUUACUUUCUCUCAUGGCAUGAAAGAAUAUAAGAAUUUUAAUGAGGUUCACCGAAAUAUGUUUUCGAUCUUUUUUAUGAUGAUAAUUCUGUUAUAAAUCUUAUUUCAAAUCUCUUUUAAUGAUGAUUUUUCUAUUUUGAAUCUUAA